GCGGUGAGUGUGAGCGCACGGCAGGGCGCGGAGGACUCCAGCGCGGACCGCGGCGGCAGCUCCAACAGCUGAGCUCUGGACUCGGAGCGGGGACCCGGCCAGGGCGCGACGGCCACUGGCAGGACUGCAACUGGGGACGCUUCAGAUUCUUCCGCCUCCAUCUCGGGCUUCAGCGUCGAGGUACUCCCCUGCUGCCUCAACAUGCACAGGAUCUAAUUUGCCGAGGAAAAGGGCCAAAGGCGGCAGAGGAGGAAAAGGAAAAAAAGCCCCAAAAUCAAAAACAAGGGGGAAUUUUGUGGAUGCUCUACUUUUCUUGGAAAUGCAAAAGAUUAUGCAUAUUUCUAUCCUUCUUUCUCCUGUUCUCUGGGGACUGAUCUUUGGUGUCUCUUCUAACAGCAUACAGAUAGGGGGGCUGUUUCCCAGGGGCGCCGACCAGGAGUACAGCGCCUUUCGGGUCGGGAUGGUCCAGUUCUCCACCUCGGAGUUCAGGCUGACGCCCCACAUCGACAAUUUGGAGGUGGCCAACAGCUUCGCGGUCACCAACGCGUUCUGCUCCCAGUUUUCGAGAGGCGUCUAUGCGAUUUUUGGGUUCUAUGACAAGAAGUCCGUCAACACCAUCACAUCCUUCUGCGGCACACUGCACGUCUCCUUCAUCACCCCCAGCUUCCCCACAGACGGCACGCACCCCUUCGUGAUUCAGAUGCGGCCCGACCUCAAGGGAGCACUGCUGAGCCUCAUCGAGUACUACCAGUGGGACAAGUUCGCGUACCUCUACGACAGCGACAGAGGCCUGUCAACGCUGCAAGCUGUGCUGGAUUCUGCUGCUGAGAAGAAGUGGCAGGUGACUGCUAUCAACGUGGGGAACAUCAACAAUGACAAGAAAGACGAGACAUACCGCUCGCUCUUCCAAGAUCUGGAGUUAAAAAAAGAACGGCGUGUGAUCCUGGACUGUGAACGCGACAAAGUGAAUGACAUUGUGGACCAGGUUAUUACCAUUGGAAAACAUGUUAAAGGGUACCACUAUAUCAUUGCAAAUCUGGGAUUUACAGAUGGCGACCUGUUAAAAAUCCAGUUUGGCGGUGCAAAUGUGUCUGGAUUCCAGAUAGUGGACUACGAUGAUUCCUUGGUGUCUAAGUUUAUAGAAAGAUGGUCGACACUGGAAGAAAAAGAAUACCCAGGAGCACACACGACCACGAUUAAGUACACUUCUGCCCUCACGUAUGAUGCCGUUCAAGUGAUGACUGAAGCCUUCCGCAACCUACGGAAGCAGAGAAUCGAGAUCUCCAGGAGAGGGAACGCGGGGGACUGCCUGGCCAACCCCGCAGUGCCCUGGGGACAGGGUGUGGAGAUAGAGCGAGCCCUCAAACAGGUUCAGGUUGAAGGUCUCUCAGGAAAUAUAAAGUUUGACCAGAAUGGGAAGAGGAUAAACUAUACAAUUAACAUCAUGGAACUCAAGACUAAUGGGCCCCGCAAGAUUGGGUACUGGAGCGAGGUGGACAAGAUGGUCGUCACCCUGACUGAGCUGCCUUCAGGAAAUGAUACCUCUGGGCUGGAGAACAAGACUGUCGUUGUCACCACCAUUCUGGAAUCUCCAUAUGUUAUGAUGAAGAAAAACCACGAAAUGCUCGAAGGCAAUGAGCGCUAUGAGGGUUACUGUGUAGACCUGGCAGCAGAAAUCGCUAAACACUGUGGGUUCAAGUACAAGUUGACCAUUGUUGGGGAUGGCAAGUAUGGGGCCAGGGAUGCAGACACGAAAAUUUGGAAUGGGAUGGUUGGAGAACUUGUAUAUGGGAAAGCCGACAUUGCCAUUGCUCCGCUAACUAUCACCCUCGUGCGAGAGGAGGUGAUUGACUUCUCCAAGCCCUUCAUGAGCCUCGGGAUAUCCAUCAUGAUCAAGAAGCCCCAGAAAUCCAAGCCAGGAGUGUUUUCGUUUCUUGAUCCUUUAGCCUAUGAGAUCUGGAUGUGCAUUGUUUUUGCCUACAUUGGGGUCAGUGUAGUUUUAUUCCUGGUCAGCAGAUUUAGCCCCUACGAGUGGCACACUGAGGAGUUUGAAGAUGGAAGAGAGACGCAAAGUAGUGAAUCAACCAAUGAAUUUGGGAUUUUUAAUAGUCUCUGGUUUUCCUUGGGUGCCUUUAUGCAGCAAGGAUGCGAUAUUUCGCCAAGAUCCCUCUCUGGGCGCAUUGUUGGAGGUGUGUGGUGGUUCUUUACGCUGAUCAUAAUCUCCUCCUACACGGCUAACCUAGCUGCCUUCCUGACUGUAGAGAGGAUGGUGUCUCCCAUCGAGAGUGCGGAGGAUCUCUCUAAGCAAACGGAAAUUGCUUACGGAACGUUAGACUCUGGAUCCACUAAAGAGUUUUUCAGGAGAUCUAAGAUUGCAGUGUUUGAUAAAAUGUGGACCUACAUGAGGAGCGCGGAGCCCUCUGUGUUUGUGAGGACUACCGCUGAGGGAGUCGCCAGAGUGCGGAAGUCCAAAGGCAAAUACGCCUACCUGCUGGAGUCCACGAUGAAUGAAUACAUUGAGCAAAGGAAGCCCUGCGACACCAUGAAAGUUGGGGGCAACCUGGAUUCCAAAGGCUAUGGCAUCGCAACCCCGAAAGGAUCCUCAUUAAGAACCCCAGUAAAUCUUGCAGUAUUGAAACUCAGUGAGCAAGGCGUCUUAGACAAGCUGAAAAACAAAUGGUGGUACGAUAAAGGUGAAUGUGGAGCCAAGGACUCCGGAAGUAAGGAAAAGACCAGUGCCCUCAGUCUGAGCAACGUGGCUGGAGUGUUCUACAUCCUGGUCGGGGGCCUUGGUUUGGCAAUGCUGGUGGCUUUGAUUGAGUUCUGUUACAAGUCAAGGGCCGAGGCGAAACGAAUGAAGGUGGCAAAGAAUGCACAGAAUAUUAACCCAUCUUCCUCGCAGAAUUCACAGAAUUUUGCAACUUAUAAGGAAGGUUACAACGUAUAUGGCAUCGAGAGUGUUAAAAUUUAGGGGAUGACCUUGAGCGACGCCAUGAGGAACGCGGCAAGGCUGUCAAUUUCAGGAAGUACUGGAGGAAAUGGACCUGUUUUGACUCCAGCAUUUCCAAAAGCAGUGCAUGCUGUCCCUUACGUGAGUCCUGGCAUGGGAAUGAAUGUCAGUGUGACUGAUCUCUCGUGAUUGAUAAGAACCUUUUGAGUGCCUUACACAAUGGUUUUCUUGUGUGUUUAUUGUCAAAGUGGUGAGAGGCAUCCCGUAUCUUGAAGACUUUUCUUUCAGCCAAGAAUUCUUAAAUAGGCGGAGUUCAUCUUGAAUUGUCAGGAAUGACUAAUCACAAACACGGCAUCCUUUUCUAUUCGAGUUACGCACGGAGUGUGGCGGCCAUGCACCGCUUACGCGGGAGUCCUUGCACUUACCUGACGUCUUUGUGCGGACGGCGAGCCUGUCUCUGCAGCCCCUGUCGGCAGUCUCUUAACUCACGAUGACCCAAGCACACUCGACAUCAGCCGCAUCAAGAUGUGACAUGUUUUAUAAGAAAAAGAAAAAAAAAACACUUAAAAGUAAAAAAAAUAUUUUUAAGUAUUUUCACAAACAAACUGGCUUUUAAAUAAAUUUGCUUCCAUAGUGGUUGGAAAAGACAAAAACCGAGUGAACUAGGGGAAGAGAAGUGAUUGACAGACAACAGUUGUAGGCGUCAGUUCCGGAUUUUUCAAAGCCAAAUAUGUAAAUGUUAAGGGAAGAAAACAAAGAGAAGAUUCCGAUCUUGUAAUUUAAUAUUGUUAUUAAAACUUUAAUGUAUCCUAUUCUUUAACAUUUGGUGUUAAUAUAAAAAUUACUUGCCAAUGCUUGACAUUUGAAAUAAACAUUUUUGUAUUGUUUUAUUUCCAAGUGGUCCAAUUAAUUUUGCUGAGCUACAGUUUGGUCAUAAAUCCAGUCAGUUUAAAGGCAUUAUUAAAUUACUAGGUUCCCAGAAAAAAUAUUUCCCCUUUUAAAAAGGCCAGGUGAUUUUUUUUCCAAGUAUGAAUUGAUCCCACAUAAUAUCUGAGUCUAUUUUUGAUCUGUCUUACUAUAUACCUACAUAUACUUAUAUAAUUAAAUAUUUGCUAAUACAAAAGCAUUUACUCUACGUAGGUAAAUGCUAAUAGAUUUUGGAAUUUAAUAAUAAGAAACAGAUAUGUGAGCUUUGUUUUGCAGGUGGUAGAGCUUGCAGAAGAACAGCACUACUUGUAAAUGAAAUAUAAAAUGCCUUGAAAAUGGCUCUUAACAUAUUUGGCCAUUGAUCAAAUUUCAUAAACAAAAUGUAGGCUUUUAACUUCAUGAUUAUAAAAGCUGUCAUAAACCCCACAUCCUCUGAAUAGUUUAAGCAUUUUGAAUUACAUGCACUAUAGUUUUGCCCAUCCCCAUCAAUGAGAGCAAUCCUAAUAUAUUAUUUUUAUAUUUAUUCCUCAGGUGGAAUUACUAUUUUAAUAUGCCCAGUAUGGAUAAAAUACCACACUUGUGUAACUUUUGAGUAAAGAGCUUAUAUUUCUCUAUUAAUAAAUUUAAAAGAAUCUACCUUUCCCUUUAUAAAAAUGCCUUUGAUUUUCAUUAAAAGCCUCCAAAUUAAAUGAAUUUAGUGCCAUAGACAAGUAUCUCCACCCAGUGGUUACUUUAACUAUUUUACUAGUCUGGUCAUUUCUGCAAAGAAGCCUUUGUGUGUACCUGGUACGAAGUGCUUUGAAAAUACUUUUGCUUGUUCUAUCUCACAGAAGGGAAGGAGACUAGUAGGCUUUAAUGGUGACCACUUGCCCUGAACACGGUGGCUUGUGGUAUCAUAUUCUCCUCCAGACUUUACUGCCCCGAUCACAAGCUCCUGCAGGAAACACAGUGUAGGCUUAGAGCGCGUCUCCUCAGCAGGUAUGUGGGAGACGCAUUCAAAUUUUUAAUAAUAAAUGCUAGAAUGACCAAAUUGCAGACUAAUAAUUUCCAUAUUGUACUUAAAAUGAGUUUUUAAAAGUGAAAAAAAAAAAAAAACCAACAAACAAUGUACAGUCAAUGGUAUUUGUUGUACCUCUGGGCCUACUCUUCCAAAAUUCCAAUUUUCUCUGUCAAGCUUGAACUAAUGUAAAUAAUUGAAAUAAUGUAAAGUUAUAUUUUCAUGUUUUUAUAGCUAUAACAUGACAAGAAUCCAUGAUGUGAGAGAAUCUCAGCUGUGGAUAAUGUUGCCUGGAUUCUACACAUCUCAGUUACAAGCAGUGAUCUUAGUCUAAUACCCAUGUACUGGUGCAUCAAUAUCUUGCUCUAUAAACACGUUUGUGCAUAUCAGUGAAAAGUGCUCCCACGGGAAUGGUGACAGCUGUCUAAAGGUUUUUUAUUCAUUUUAUAUAAAACUGUUAUGGAAAGACCAAAAUGUUUAUGAACUAUUCUUAUGUAAAUUUACAACUGUCCUUUACUGUACCUUUUUGUUUACAGUAUAAUACCCUGUUUUUUGCUGUGUUAAGUGGGUGUCCAGCUCCAAGGAGACAUACACUUUCUACUACUUCUACUGAAGAUACUGGGAUUUCCAAUUUUUCAUGUGUACUAUGUCAGAAAAUGCUUUGGAUUUUAUUUUUAAAUCUAACAUCAGAUGGCUUUUUUGAGUGUUGUAAAAACUUCAAUCAUACAUAAAACAUGUUCUUACAAAAGGCAAA